UUUCUUUAGCUCUUAUUAACCUUUUCAGUCUUCUUCCAUCGUCCUUCAAUUUCUGCCAAAGAAAAAGCGCGACAAAAUUUCUCAGCUUGUUCUCUUCUUUAACUAUUGAACUUGUUUCCUAAAUUUUCUCUCCAUCCAAACGCAAUUUUGCCAUCUUUUCUUCCAGCUUGAAAAAGCUCGAAAAGAAAAAGGAAAAGAAAAACGUCUACGCUCUUUUUUCCUCUGUUUUCUUUUCUGAAAUUUUACUUCAUCGAUCACUUCCUUAGUUAUAUCUCGAUUGUAGGAAAAUUCAUAAACACAAGUCUGGUAUCGUGCAUCCUCAAACUUCGAUCGAUUUUACAUAGUGUGAUCGAUAUCAAUUGCCGUUAAAAUUAGGGCGCGAGUUGUUUGAGCCCAAAGGUAUAAAAUGUUCUUCACCGGUGAUCCAACGACUCGGAAACGAGUUGACUUGGGAGGCCGGAGCUCGAAGGAGAGAGACAGGCAGAAGCUUCUAGAGCAAACUAGAUUGGAGCGAAACCGUCGGUUGUGGUUGCGGCAGCAGAAUGCAGCGGCAAUCAAAAUUCAGAAAUGCUUCAGAGGAAGAAAGGCAGUGGAAGCUGAGCGUCAUAAGGUGCGAGAUCAAUUCUACAGAAUGUACGGGAAGCACUGCCAAAACGUAGACAGGCAUUCCUUUGGUCCACAUUCAGACUUCCUACGCCAGCUAUUCUUUUUCUUCAAUGCUCAAAAUAGGGUUGACUUUACUGUACUUGUGGAGACAUGCCGUUUGCUUCUGCAAUUUGUUCAAGAUUGCGGGGAUAUCUUCAGUCUUUUUGGUGGUGUGGAUUAUAUGGCUAAUUGUGCUUUGGUGGACUAUAGAGUGAAACAACUUGCCUUCUACUGUAUUCAGGCCGUGUAUCAUAAUAGAGAACAAUUGAAGGAUCAACUUUUGAUGACACCCUGGGAAUCUAGAGAACCAGUAGCUGUCUUGUUGGAAGUAGUUGUUUUAUUAGUAGAUGAAAAACUUCCAUGGGCAUGUAAUAUUGUUGGCUAUCUUUUGCGAAGAAAUGCCUUCACUCUGUUCAGAGAUAUUGUCCUUACAGCAAGGGAAACUAGAAAGGCUAGCAGUUCCAUUGGAAAAAUGUCUUCCCUUGAGCAUAUGCUUUCCCUUAUAGUUUCUCACAUUGGCCAAAAGCCAUGUGUUUGCCCACCUGUUGAUCCCCGAUGGAGUUUCUCCUCUCAGAUGCUGACAAUUCCUUUCUUGUGGCGGCUUUUUCCAAGUUUGAAAGAGCUUUUUGCAACUCGGGGCCUGAGCCAACAUUACAUUCAUCAGAUGGCAGUAUGUGUGCAAGGUCAUGCUAAUGUGCUGCCGGAUGAUGUUUCAGCUGAGUAUCCUGGUUAUGCCUGUCUUCUUGGAAAUAUGUUAGAAACUGCAGGAGUUUCUUUAUCUCUGCCUGACUGUUCAUUUGAGAUGGCCAUAGACCUUGCAGCUGUUACAACAUUCUUGUUAGAGACACUUCCUUCUAUAAAAUCAAGUCGGGAAAUUAAAGAAAGUUCCACACUGGGUGAGGAUGAUGCCACUCUACCUGAUGAAAUGGAAAUAGUUCUAAAUAGAGAUUUGGAACAACAGAUAACCAAUGCUAUAGAUUCGCGCUUUCUUUUACAAUUGACAAAUGUUUUAUUUGGAGGAAUUGCUCUGCAUAAUGAGAACCAUUAUGGACUAGAUGAAAAAGAGGUUACAGCCAUUGGUGCUGCAUGUGCUUUUUUACAUGUCACUUUCGACACUCUACCCCUUGAAAGAAUCAUGACUGUACUGGCUUAUAGGACCGAUCUAGUUCGAGUUCUUUGGAAUUUUAUGAAGCAGUGCCAUGAAAAGCAAAAAUGGUCAUCAUUGCCCGAGCAGUUAUCACAUCUCCCAGCUGAUGCACCUGGUUGGUUACUACCUCUGGCUGUUUUUUGUCCUGUAUACAAGCACAUGCUAAUGAUUGUUGAUAAUGAGGAGUUCUAUGAACAGGAGAAGCCACUAUCGUUGAAAGAUAUUAGAUUCCUAGUUAUUAUCCUGAGACAGGCUUUAUGGCAACUUCUAUGGGUAAAUCCUAUGGCACACAGCAAUGCAGUGAAACCUAUUUCAAACACACCUGCUCAUAAGCGGAAUCCGGUUGAAUCUAUCAAGCACAGAGUUAGCAUUGUAGCUUCUGAGCUCCUCUCUCAGUUGCAAGAUUGGAACAAUAGACGACAAUUUACACCACCCAGUGACUUCCAUGCUGAUGGGGUUGAUGAUUUCUUUAUUUCUCAGGCUAUAAUAGAUGGAACAAAAGCAAAUGACAUAAUGAAGCGAGCUCCUUUUUUGGUACCUUUUACAAGCAGGGUUAAGAUAUUCAAUUCGCAAUUAUUGUCUGCCAGGCAAAGACAGGGGGCUCAUGGUGUUUUCACAAGAAAUAGAUUCAGAAUACGACGGGAUCGUAUUCUAGAAGAUGCUUAUAAUCAGAUGAGUGCAUUGUCUGAAGAAGAUCUUCGAGGAUUGAUUCGCGUAACAUUUGUCAAUGAGUUUGGAGUUGAAGAGGCUGGCAUUGAUGGUGGUGGGAUUUUUAAAGAUUUCAUGGAGAACAUUACUCGAGCAGCAUUUGAUGUGCAGUAUGGGUUGUUUAAGGAAACAGCAGAUCACCUACUUUACCCUAAUCCUGGAUCGGGAAUGAUACAUGAACAGCAUCUUCAAUUUUUCCAUUUUCUUGGAACUAUUCUUGCAAAGGCUAUGUUUGAAGGUAUUCUCGUUGACAUACCAUUCGCGACAUUCUUCUUGAGCAAAUUAAAACAGAAGUUCAACUAUCUGAAUGACUUGCCUUCGCUGGAUCCAGAAUUGUAUCGCCAUCUUAUUUUCCUAAAGCACUAUCAAGGUGAUAUUUCUGAGUUGGAACUGUACUUUGUCAUUGUAAAUAAUGAAUAUGGAGAGCAAACAGAAGAAGAGCUGCUUCCCGGAGGAAGAAACUUGCGUGUUACUAAUGAGAAUGUUAUUACAUUUAUUCAUCUUGUAUCCAAUCAUCGUUUGAAUUUUCAGAUACGUCAACAAAGUUCUCAUUUUUUAAGGGGGUUUCAGCAGCUCAUACAGAAAGAUUGGAUUGAUAUGUUUAACGAACAUGAACUUCAGCUUCUGAUAUCAGGUUCACUUGAAAGCUUGGAUGUUGAAGACCUUCGACUUCAUACCAAUUAUGCUGGAGGUUAUCACAGUGAACAUUAUGUCAUUGAGAUGUUCUGGGAAGUUCUGAAAGGCUUUUCAUUGGAAAAUCAAAAGAAAUUUUUGAAGUUUGUGACUGGUUGCUCGCGAGGACCUCUACUUGGAUUUAAAUACCUGGAGCCAUUAUUUUGCAUACAGAGGGCUGCGGGCAAUGCUAAUGAAGAAGCUCUUGACCGGUUGCCAACAUCAGCUACUUGUAUGAAUCUUCUGAAGCUUCCACCUUAUAGAAGCAAACAACAUCUGGAAACAAAAUUGCUAUAUGCUAUAAAUGCAGAAGCUGGUUUUGAUUUGAGUUAACAGAUUGUGUUUGGAUGAUACCAUACCAAAGUGGAGGAAAGCAGUAUGGUGACCUUUUGAUGGCCAAUCAUGAUCCAUUUGAUGCCAUGUGUCCACGACCUCCAAGAGCUGUGCUUGGGACACUAUUUCUAUGGAAAUCUUAGAGGAAAAGGCUUACUGAACCAGCAGGACUAUAAGUUUUUAUAUGCGACGAGUGUUUCAAAUGUACAUAUGUGGGAACGUCUGCAGUAGAUAUAAUGUUUGUAAAGUUUGUACAUUUAUGGAGCUGAACUGUAUCUUUAUCAGAAGAAUUUCCUCUUAUGUUAUAUCUGUAAAUGAGAUGGUUUGUCUCUCGUGAUUUAGGUCCUUGCAAAAGCAUCUGUGUACAUGGUGUUGGUAUUUCUGUCUUUUAGUAAUUUAACUUGCAUAAUCAUCUACCAUUGAGGUAGAUAAUGAGGAAGGAAGCGUGUGUUUGGGUUA